UUUAUUUUUAAUUGCCUGACUACUUGAUUAAAAUCUGCCUCCCUCAUUCAACUUGAAGAUUUUAGGGGCUGGUUCUUUGUCUGAUUUUAUUCACCAUUAUACACUUAGCUUUGUGUUUAAUUAUAGAUUCACAAUAAAUAUUUGGCAGUGAAUGAGUGAAUGUAUGAAUGAGGUUAAUUAGGAAACUAUCCUUCCUUGCUCUUUGUUGACCCCUUCCCUCCUGCCUACAACUGCUUACACCUCUUUAAAGCUUAAAAAAAACAAAACAGAAGAAACAAUUUUAUCCUUUGUUCUUAACCUCACUGACCCCCUCAGACUAUCAUCUAUUCACUGGACAAACUUCUUUAAGAACUAGUUUGCUGUCAGUGAUUCCAGUGCUUUUCCUUAAUCUCAUGCAUUCUUACUCUUGCCCACAUCAUUUAUGAAAUUGAUUUUCUCCGACUCCACUAGUAGCAGCCUAGUUAACCAAAGAGCAAUGAGGCAGUGAACUAAAAUGAUUACAGUGAGAAUUAAAUGGGAGAGACCUGUAGAUGAUAAGAGACAUUACAACUCGAGAAUCGACAAGUUUUAGCAAUGUGGGAAGUGGAUAAAAAACAAUGUCAAAAUAUAGGCACACUUCAUUUUAUCAGGCUUCACAUUAUUGCACUUUGCAGGUAAUUGCAUUUUUUACAGAUUGAAGGUUUGUGGCAACCCUGCACUGAGCAGGUCUACCAGCACCAUUUUCCAACAGCUCGCCAUCUGCUCACUUCGUGUCUUUAUGUCAUAUUUGGGUGAUUCUCGUAGUAUUUCAAACUUAUUAUUAUUAUAUUUACUAUGGUGACCUAUGAUCAGUAAUCAUGACUCACAGAAAGCUCAGGUUAUGGCAUUUUUAAAUUAUUUUUUAAUUAAGGUGUAUAUGUUUUUAGACAUAAUACUGUUUCACAUAACAGACUACAAUACAGUGUAAACAUAACUUUUAUAUGCAGUAGGAAACCAAACAAUUCAUUUGACUUUAUUGUGAUACUCACUUUCCUGCAGUGGUCUAGAACCAAACCCUCAGUAUCUCCUCAGUAUGCCCAUAUUAAGACAGAUGACUGGGAAAAUACUGGUGCCUUUAGGGGAAUGGGUAGGGGGAACUAAUUUUAAGAGAUGGUGCAUUUGGGGCACCUAGGUGUCUCACUCGGUUAAAUGUCCAGCUUCAGCUCAAGUCAUGAUCUCACGGUUCAUGAGUUCGAACUCCACAUCGGGCUCUGUGCUAACAGCUCAGAGCCUGGAACCUGCUUCAGAUUCUGUGUCUCCCUCUCUCUCUGCCCCUCCCCAACUCACACUGUCUCUCUCUCAGAAGUAAACAUUUUAAAAAAUUUUAAAGAAAGAGAGAGAGAUGGUUCAUGUGAUUCAAUACCUGCUCUUCAAGCACUGAGACUAUUCUUGUUCAGUUUAGGGUUCAGGCAGAUUAUUUAGUUGGGUGGUUCCCCAGUUAGGUAGUUGAAAAUGUGGAAUUGGAUCUAAAGAAUGAUAAGGAGUUCACCCAUGUCCAAUGCCCAGGCUUAGCAGCCACUCUGUCCAGAGUUGGACCAGCACCCUAGCGUGGACCCUGAGCACUGUGGGAAAGGCAUUAGCACCCAGGGGCCACGGCACAGUUUGCUGGAAGGAAACUUGGGUACAUCUGUAAGGAGAGGAAUAGGAUGGACCUGAGGAGAAGCAGUACAGGAGGGCAUUGUGGAUCCUUUGGAACCAAGGACUGGAAUGCACAUGUGAGACCUCUACCAACUGAGGGUUUCACGAGCACACUCCUUUGCCAAAAUCUUGGUGAAUAGCCUUUCACUGUACAAUUGUGUCUUAGACAUUGUGUUACUUGUUGUCAUGAUCGUGCUUGGCUGGAUGCUUUUUGUCUCACUUGCGUGUUACAUGGGCACAUUUCCGGAGUUCAUGCCUCCAGCUUUGAAGUGGAAAGAGAAGUGGCCUAUUCAGUAAAUCAAGGCAUGACUGAGGAGCUGGACUUUGGAUGAAGAACCACAACUAUAAGGGUUCAGGAUACUUAUAUCCCCCAGGAGGGACCCUGGUGGAAAUAAGCAAAGUUGAUCCUAAAGUAAUGCAGCUCUGAAGCUCACCUGACCAGCUGUACAGUUCCCAUUGUUGCAAAUCAUUUUGUCACAUUUUAUGUAAAAAGUUAACAAACAUUAAAAAAAAGUGGUAAGGAAAAUCAGAUACCUAGAUUUUGGAGUAAGGACUGAAAUGGUGACUUGGCAGAGAUAGAGGGUGUUAAAUGUGGAGCCAAGAUGAGAUAGAACCUGUGGAACAGCUGCAUCCAUGCCAAGGAUGCCUAAGCACUACAGAGAUAGCAGAAAGAGAAGGAAAAUGGGCAUUUUUGAACAUCAGCUAUGGGCAGCACCAUACUGGGUUCUUUACAUACGUUAUUUUAUUUGAUCUUCACAAUCCAGUGAGAGGUCAAUAGUGGUGUCCCACCUCCCAGAGGAAGAAACAGACUCUUGGAAAACAAGUACUUUGUCCAAGGUCACACCUGGGACUCAUACUCAGACCUUUCUGACUUGAAAAUGCGUGUGUUUUCCUCAGCACAAUGUACUUCAGAAAGGUAUGUAUCCAACCAGAACACUGUCAAGGAAUCCAAAGCAGGUGUGAGGUUUAAGAAAGAAGUGGUAACUACGUUUCUGAGAACCAGGUAUUUAUCCUCUGUUGAAAAAAAGGCUAUGGCUUUGGCAACUAGGUAGGUGA